AUGGGCGCAAGAGACAUAAGAAUUUUAGAAGAUGCUCGAGAUGUUUCUCAAAAAGAUGAAGGUGGUAAUGAGAAUAACAGAGAAACGCCAUCUAUCAAACGGGCUGUCGGAAAGAGGGAGAGGAAGGAUGGACCCUCUGUUACUUCACCUUAUAUGCCUCUAGAUCAACCAAAGGAAGGCACAAAGAAGAGACGUGUCAUCCAGAUAUUGGAUAGUCCUGAUGGGAAAAAAAAGUGCAAAAAUCAAGAAGGCUUCAUACCUACAUCUAGAGACUAUCCAGGUAAGGCACUGGCGUUUGAUUAUGAGAACAAAUUAAUUGAAGACUUUCUACAAUCGAGAAUGAACAGUGAUACGUACAUUUGGAAGUGUGCCGAAGCAAGCGUAUCUCGCUUAGAUGCUUAUAUACUAUUAACGGGAGGUGAACUCAGUGACGAUGUGAUCGAUGCAUUUGUUAUUCGGCUUUGUAACAAGAUUGAAACAAGUGAUAGUUAUGAUCGAAAGAUACAUGUCACAAGACCUUGGCUUGCACAAGCAUUUCUAGAAGGAAAUCUUGAAAUGGUGGCAAAACGAAUGAAGGAAAAUGUUUCUCAGCAGAAGUUCUUGGAGUGUGAAAGAAUUCUGAUCCCGAUUGUCAGCUCCGGACAUUGGCACCUGGUAGAGUUAGUGAGAGAGGAGACAAAAUUCUAUCACUACUCCUCAAUCAACUCCCCCAUUUAUACCGCCGAUGCUGUGAAAUUUAUAAAUAAGUUUAUGAGUUUCAUUGAGAGUAAUUGGGGAUUGGGGAAAUUGGAGCAUCAUGGUCUUGUGUCAGUUGCCGUGCCACAACAAGGACCAACGUUAGAUUGCGGGAUCUUUAUGAUUGAAUUCAUUAACAGCAUUGUCGAAAAACGGUCGAUAACAAUUUCAAAAGGAGAUUGUGCAAAAUAUAGAGCAAGGUUUUGUGCUGCUCUUUUGUAUGCACGCGAUUCACCUUUUUUGUAAAUAUUAUUUUAAUUUUCUCCAAGGUUUUUGUUGUGUAUUCAAUGUUGUAAGUAUGUUCAUGUUGUUAAUA